AUGAAGCUUGCCUUAACAACACCGAAAGACCUUUUCAUUUCUCCUCUCGGAUCCAUUCGUGAGCUGCCAGCUAUAUCAUGCAAAGAAAUCAAGGCGAGCGAGGGAGGACAAGCGGUCAGUGGUUAUUAUUGGUUGGAUUUAAUCAGAUCUGGAGACUAUUUAGAUAUCAACGAAUGUACGGAAGGAUCUCACCGUUGCCAUCGUGACGCCACUUGUCAGAAUACUGCAGGCUCGUAUAGGUGUACCUGCAACUCACAAUACAUUGGGGACGGACUGAAUUGCGAGCCUAAAGAAUGUAGCAACUACAAGACUUUAACUUCUGCUCGAAGAUUGAAAGGUUCUACGUCAAAAAAACCACAUGUAUGCGACAAUUCACUGACUUGGGGCUGGUAUCGUAUUACUGGAGCAGCAGGUAGAAAAAUGCCCACUGCAUGUGUGCCUUUUAAAAGAUGUGGCGGCCAGAGACCAGGCUGGCUCAGUGGUGGUCAUCCCAACAAAGCUGAUGGUAGAGUGUCCAGGAAGGUCUGGUUUCGCUCGAGUGACAAUUGUUACAGAGUAUCGACGACUAUCACAGUUAGAAACUGCGGUUCGUUCUAUGUUUACUACUUAAAGGGUUUUUCACAUGGCUCAAAUUGCCAUCGUUACUGUAGCUCUUACUAAAUCACUCUUGCAUUCUGGGUAACUUGCAGUAGCAAGGCAUUCUGGGUGAUUGGCUGGGGAUGUCUUAGGCCAAGUAGAAGUAAGUUAAAUAACUUUGCCAUGGUUAAUCAUUGUUAUUAACAAUAUUUAAUCCACACUUGCACUUACGCAAGCAGUGAGCGUUCUCGUGGUUUUUUAAUCUGACUAGGUGUUUAAUGCUUAGAGACCAACUCUGAAACAUAGAUUAGAAUUUAUCAUAAUCGCUCAAUUAUAUAGAUCGUCCUAAAAUGACGUCCUGGCAGCCAUAUUGGUUACCAAAACAAUAACAUUGCGACCUCAAACCAAUUGUUCUGCAGCAAAGUAUGCCUGGCUCCCAAAGUAUGUUCAGUUUAGUUUGGUGUAGUCGGGUGAUUUAUGAGUUAUGUUACAUUCAGUAUGUAAAAGGAAAAAGACGUUAUCAUUAUGUACUGUAAGUGAUGUAUAUGCCUGAAAAAGUUUGCAGACGACAACGAAAACGCAAGUACCGUAAGAGUUAGGAGUUAAUUUUAGCGUUUUAAUUACUGCAACUAUUGCAAGUAGAUUAGAAAUUUCAAUUUUUUGUUAAUAUUAGUAAUGUAAUGGCAGUAUAGUGAAUAGCUUUUAGUAAUCUUUUUUAAAAGGUUUCCUAGCCUAUUGCGUUACAUUUGUUUUGUUCCCUGGAUGUAUUAUUGAUAGGUCCACAUAUAGCCUGUUUAUCAUGAAGAUAAAAUUUAUAUAAAAACAACGCUACUAAGGUUAAGGUCAGAUGUUGAGGAACGCAGAGAAAUUUACAUUAGGCCCUAUCUUGCUUUCAAUUCGAUGUAAAUAAGAGCCUUUGUUUUGACUAAUUUUGCUUUCAUCAAAACUAAAACAAAUUGUCGAACGUGAUUGUUUAUCACCGGCCCCAUUUAAGCACUAAUAGGACAGUGUAUGCGUCAUGAUUGUAAUUGGACAGUCGAAAAGGACUGUUAAAGGAACAGUUAAUACGUCAUGUCUAUGUAAGUGCUGUUAUAUUACAUCUAUUUUGAAAACACUGGUGAUCCCUGCAAUCUAAUUGGCUCUCAUCGGUGUGCUUUAUUCACGCAUCGCACCAUUUAAUGCUCUAAAUCGCAUUUUUUUUUCCACAACAACCAAUUUUAUUUCGAGGCUAGUUUAACGAAACCAAUUAAAUUGCAGGGAGAUGAAACAAAUUUUUGCAACUUUUUACAAACCAGCUCAAUACCGGAUCAUUAAAUUGUUGGUACAGACUAAAAAGACCUGUAUCUGAGCGACUGA